UUAAAAGACUGCCAUUUCAGUCCGGGAGUGGGCCUGUUUUAUUUCUGUCCCGCGAUACAGACAGUGACUUGGUUGUUAUUAGCUUACCUUCCCAGUCACAGAGAAAGUGUGAGAGAAUUCUCACGAUGACUAGUAAUUGUUGGGGGUAUGGAGAAGACGACGGUCCCUUCUUUUGGCACAAAGGCUACCCUAUUGCCCAGGGAAACCGGCAGUCUCCAAUCAACAUCGUUACCUCUGAGACUGUGUAUGACUCUAGCCUGUCCCCGCUCAUUGUCUCAUAUGAGCACUGCACCUCCAUCAGCAUUUCAAACAACGGGUGCUCUGUGGCUGUGGAGUAUGCGGAUACUGAACAGGGGCCAGUAAUUGAGGGAGGCCCUCUAAGCGAUGCCUACAGACUGAAGCAGUUCCACUUUCAUUGGGGUCACAAGGAUUAUCAUGGUUCUGAGCACACUGUUGAUGGGAAGACUUAUGCGUCAGAGCUUCACCUGGUCCAUUGGAAUGCUUCCAAGUACCAGACAUUCAGAGAAGCAGCAGCAGCUUCUGAUGGCCUUGCUGUUCUUGGAGUCUUCCUAGAGGCUGGGGAGGAACAUCAAGGUUUACUCAAGAUAACGGAUGCUUUGAAUAUGGUAAAGUUUAAAGGUCGCACUGCAGACUUAAAGGAAUUCAAUCCAAAGUGCCUUCUUCCAAGAAAUCUCAAGUACUGGACCUACCCUGGUUCCCUGACCACACCCCCACUCCAUGAGAGUGUUAUCUGGAUUGUUUUUGAAGAACCCAUUGAGGUGGCCAAGAAACAGAUGGAAAAGUUCAGAAUGCUGCUGUUCAGUCAAGAGGAGGAAGAUGAGAAAUUCAUGGAAAAUAACUUCAGACCACCUCAGCCACUGAAGGGCAGGCAAGUCUGUGCUUCCUACAACUAAAGGAAGACCUGGCCAAAUAUCAUCUCUUAAAUGACCAGCCAAAUCUGGCCUUCCAUUCAGCUGUGCAGGUUUGUCUUAUUUGUUGCUCGGGCUGUCUUUAUUGCUGACUGCCAUAGGACUCCUGCUUUUGUCUGCAACCCUUUUCAGAUGAUGUAUUCUGUUUUCACAGUAAUAGAAGGGAGGGCUGCUGUGCUCGUGAAGGUCCUAAUGAUUAACAAGUGCAGCUGCAAUGUUUUCCUUUGCUGCAUUAAUCCUUAAAGGAGGUCUGUGUUAGCUUUGUGACACUGCCCCAUAGCUGAUUCUGGACUUCUCCAAUAAACAAGCAGGGAGUGAUUUGUACCUCAGGGAUUUGGUUGCGAUUUGUCUUAAAUUUAUUUUUAUGGAAUUUGUAAAUGUAUGUAUUAAACUUACUCUUUAUUAAAGAUGCCUAUUUUGCAGA